CUUUAAUCUCGCGAUAACGUCGUAGUCAGCAUCCUCACAGCCACUCUGGGCAUCGUUUCCCAUGUCACGUGAUAUUACACUAUUCAGCGCGGAGUCAUUUCGUUUCAGUGGGCGCUACUAAGAAACUGAUCAAAUUUUAAAUUGAUUGCAGAGUAUUAAGUUACAAUUAAUCCAGAUUUCUCAUACACAUGCAAAUUUAAAGUACAUAGGCUCAAAGGCAACACUAAUCUCCACGUGGCCCGGUAGUGUGUGAAAGCAUGGAGAUGCUGAAGAUAGAGCAAGUCAUUGUUGGGAGUGAGAUGAAGUCCACCUCAACGGAGAUCAAGUCUGAGUCCUAUCAGCAUGAGAGUUUGCAGUGUUUUCAGUGCUUCAUCACCUUCUGCGACUCCAAAGCCAGGGAGAGACAUAUAAGGAAGAGUCAUCGGGACCAGUACACACAGCAGCUGCAGCAGAAUAAUAUCGCCUUCACUUGCUACAAGUGUGAAAAGAGCUUUUCCUCCUCUGAGGAGCUCGGUAAACACCAGGCCACACACAGCAGAGAGGAGAAGCCCUUCCGCUGCUCUUACUGCAGGAAAAGCUUCUUUACUUUUACAGAGCGGAACCACCACAGACGACAUGAAUGCAUAGAGCGACGGUGUCCCUGCAGGGACUGUGGCGCCGUGUUUCCUAGUCCUUCACGACUUCGUAGCCAUCGCAUCGCAGUGCACCCACAGUGUCCUGUAGUGGCUGAUGAUGUCAACACUUAUCAGUGCUGCAAAUGUGGCAGUGGUUUCCAGACAGAAGAAGAGCUCCUGCAGCACCAGGAAAGAUUUGCUAGUGAUACAAACUGUGACAUUAAGCUACCAGCCAAAAAACGUGGUCGUAAACCCAAGUACGCUGCUCAGGUAACGAUGGUUGACGGCAAGAAGAUCAAACAAGAAAAUGAAGCAGGGGGGUGCAAAGGAGAUGAUGGCUCUUUGACAAAGGAAUACUCCUCCAAUGAGCUGCAACCACAGCUUAAGAUCCCAUGUCCUGAAGAAGAUUGUGACCUCAUAUUCCCCUCUGUUGCAGCCCUGCGGGCACACAGGAAGGCAGACCAUGGGCCUCCCCCUCACAAGACUCUUGCAUGCACAGAGUGUGACACGAGCUAUGCUCUGCCUGAGCAGCUCAGAGCACACGUUGCCAGGGCUCACUGUUACGCAUACGUCUGCCCCACCUGUGGAAAGAGCUUUGCCCGAGAGAGGGCUCUAAAGCUCCACCAGAACACCCACACUGGGGGAGAAGAGGUAGCAGAGAAAAGAUAGUAAAUGGGGAAAAGACUGCAACUUAACCUUACACUGUUCAGUUAAGUGAUUGUAUUGUUACCAUUUUUUUUUAUUUAGGGUAGGGUAGGGUCUUGUUCGUUUUUUUGAAGGAUUCUUUACCAUUGCAAGAUAAGAUUAUAGUGGGGGGUGGCAAUGCCCUGGCAGAGUUCUGCGCUCUCUGAGUGCUUCUAGUUGUGAUUUAAGUCCACCAUGACCUCAUGUCAGUUCAUUUUUUUAGCUGUCCAUAUGACAUUACCUCUGUUUUACCUGAAAUUGUUUGUAUUCAUUAUAAAGUACUUGCGUACUGUUUUGUAUUUACUGCAGGUCACAAACAUAAUAAAAUCCCAGCCUGAAAAAUGGAACAUGUAUAAAUGUUGUCCUGUGGGACUUUAAGGAUGUGAUGUUUGAGUCUUAUUUUCUCUUAAGUAAAUGUGGCAUUAAACAGUACUUUCGGUGGUGUCUUUGUUUGUCACCGUGUCUGAAUAUGUGCAAGUGAGCAAGAGGCAAACUAUAAAGUGCUUUACUAAAGUAGAAAAUGGUCAAAUAUGUCAAGUUUAUU